AUGUCUUACCUGCUUCAGGAUGAGAACGGGCAGGUGAUGGAGGCGCACAGCAUAUCGGCGGGGCUCGACUACCCGGGCGUGGGGCCGGAGCAUAGCUGGCUGAACGACGCGGGGCGCGCGCAGUAUGUGAGCGUAACGGACACGGAGGCGCUGGAAGGUUUUGAGCUGAUGUGCCGCGUGGAGGGCAUCAUUCCUGCGCUGGAACCGGCGCAUGCGGCGUACUACAUUUCGCAGCUCGCGCCUACGCUGUCGCCGGACAAGAUUAUCCUGAUGGGGCUGAGCGGUCGCGGCGACAAGGAUAUGGACACGGUGGCGUCGGCGCUGGGUGUGAGCAUAUAG